AUGGAAAACCACACGCGCUCAGCAGCGUCAACGACACACCAGGCGAGCAUGGCCGCCGGGCCGACUGUCCUCCCCGGCCUGGGCGGCCACGCGGCCCCGCCAGACCCGUACGCGCGGCUCGAGCCCGACCCGGCCUCGCAGGCGCAGAUAUUGCGCUCGCACCAGCGUGAUGUUUCCCAGGUCGGCCGUCUGACGGAACUCGUGUCCGAGCUACUACGCUCCGCGGCUGGUACGCGCUGGCUAGCCGCCCGCCAGACAAUCGUCGACCUGGCCGUGCGCGCAGUCUACCUCCUCCUCACGUUUGGACGCGGGUACCAGACCCUUGGAGAGGAGUACACCGACGUGCUCCCAACCGUGAGGUCGCGCCAGCUGCCGCCGAGCCGAAGGCGCCGACUCUUGACGAUUCUGCUCCUGCUGCUGCCGAGCGCGAUCACGUCCCCGAUGGCGCUGAACCACCUGCGCGGGGACGGCUCCCCGCCCACCACGCGCUGGGGCAAGGCCAAGGCCCGCCUCGUGCGCUUCCUCGAGUCGCCGCUCGGGCAGAGCUUGCCCGAGAUCCAUCUCGUGCUCUUCAUGUUCGGCGGCAAGUUCUACGAGAUGGGCCGCCGCCUCACCGGCCUGUCAUACAUCUCUGCUGCUGCGCCGCGCCCACCUGAGGCCCGCCCGCCGUCGUACGAACCCCUCGGCCUCCUCAUGGCCCUGCCCCUCAUCUACCGCCUCUUCCCGCGGCCUGACCCCGUGUCGGCGUCGCCCCCGCUCACGCCGACCCGCGAGAAGCCAAAGGAGAAGGUUGUUCUCGGCGGUACUCUCCCCGGAACCCAGGGCGACGACUCGGUCGUGGUCACUUCCGACGUCGACUACGACGAACCAAACACGUACUUGACGGAAGAGGCGCGCGAUCUCCCAGAACGGCAGUGCACGUUGUGUCUCGAGUCCCGUGGCACAGGUGAGGGAUCGGGUGGAACGGUCGCAGUGACCGAGUGCGGCCACAUCUUCUGCUGGGGAUGCCUCGGCGGCCUUGACAAGGCGGGUACCAGCUUUAUGGAGUGCCCACUUUGUCGACAAGCCCUCCGCAUGGAGCGUCUCGUCGCCGCAUACAAUCUCUAA